AUGAGAUAUGAUAAAGGAAACCAUUGUGGAGAAAUAUAUUCAUCCUAUAUUCAAAAAAAGGCAAAAGAAUUUGUCAAUAAUAGCAUUUAUAAACAAGCUUCAUCUAUAUCAUCUAUACAAGAGAAAAUUAGUGGAAUGGAAACCAAAAUAUAUAAAAUGGAAAAGAAAAAGGAAAUUACUGAUCUUCAAUUAAGAUCACUUAAGAUGAAAGAAGUGAAAGCUAAAGAAGCAAAAAAGAAUAAUAUUUCUAGGUUGUGUUCUUCUAUUCAGAAAGCAAAAAAUAUUACACCAAAUCAGCUCCAGAAUUUAAUAAAAAGGAUGAUAAAAGAAAACAAGAAGCAAUACACACCUGAAUUGUACAGCUUGCAACCAAAAUCAGGACCAGAUCGUUGGCUUUCAACUGGAACUAUUUCACACUGGAAUAAAGAAGUUGCCACUUUGUGUCUUUGUCAGAAUUGUCCAAAAGAUACCAAAUCACAUUUUUAUUCUUAUGGAAUAAUGUGUGAUGAAAGCACAUGUGGUGAUAAAAAGAUAUUUUUGUUAGAACAAUCACAAAAUGUUCCUGUGGAUAUCUUAAAAAAUGGAAGACCACUUCAAGAAUCACGAAUGUUGACAUCUGAUUCCAAUAAAAAUCAAGUAAAAAUUACAAAAGAAAAUCUUGCAGCUGUUAGGAAAGAGCAAAGAGAAUAA